AAAAAGUUGAAAAUUAGAUCCCUUUCUCCCUCACCCGCCAUUUAACACUAGAAACAUGUGUAUUCUCCACUGCAACAAAAAACGAACCGGAAAACCCUAGCCACAGCCGCCUCUCCUCCUUACCACCGCAGAGCACCGCCACUACAACUUUUUCUCAUGUCGCUCUGGUCGGCGUCUAACGACUUAGCAUUUCUCUAUAAACUAGUGCUGAGAAACACUGAGACAAAUUUGGUCAAAAUGAAGCAAGAUGGCUUUGUGACAAUGCAAAGCUGCUUUUGCGUACGUGUUAUAGUUAUCAUCAAACACCUUUUGAGUAGGGGAGCCUUUGUCAUGUCCUUCAUCUUCAGAUGCAUAUUGCCUCCACCAUUGAAUCAGUGACAAAGAUUGAUGAGUUAGUACACCCACUUCAUCUAUGAGAAAAUCACUUGAAGGUUAUGAUAGACGACAUAGAUGAUACAUUUAAAGGUAUUCAUGUUCCUCUUAUAUCAAAUGAAGUUGGCAUCCUACAAGAUGCAGUCGACUCUGUAAUUCAAUGGUUGUGGAUUACAAUUGUUCUCACUAAGUGAGGAUGGAGGAUCGUUGGUACACUUGAUUAUGGGACAAUCUCUCUUCGAUGUGUUAACAAUUUCUUUUUUGAAAAUUUUCAUGUAGUAAGAAAUUACUAAAUUAAAGAGUUUUUUUUUGUGACACUCAUCAUGCUUUUAUCAAUGAAUAUAACGGUUGGUUGUU